CCUUUGAACCCUCUCUUUCUUUCUCUCUCCUUCUGCCAUUUCUUCUUCCCCACUCUCCCUCUCAUGGCGUUUCUUGUGAUAUUUUCCCGGAAAAUUUUCUGCCGGCCGGAAUCCAACCGUUUAAAUUUCAGUGAGUUUUGAGUUUUGGGUCUCUUUUAAUCUUUGAAAUCUGUUGUUUAUGUUCUUGUUUUUCUUCAAAUAGAAUCUUUAAUUUUCCCGACAAUUCUCCGGGAAAUUCUUUCUUAGCUAUAUUUGAAUUCAUCAAUUUGUACGGGAUAUCUAAAAUGAAGGAGGGUAUAAUUUUGAAGAACGAGAACUCUGUUCAAGUAAAUGAAUUUUCUAUAGAUCUGUUACCUGCAUUCAUGUCAAGGAAAAGUUCAGUCUUGAAAUUGAACGAAGAAGAAGAAGGAGAUGAUGAUAUCGAGCUAAGUCUGAGUCUUUCACUCAACGGUCAAUUUGGAUUUGACCCAAAGAGAGUGAAUAAGCUUUCUCGUUCAUCUUCAAUACCGGAAAUCAUGACGACGACGACGACGACAGAGGAGACUAACAAAAGCUUCGCCGUGAAAUCGUUGACUCCUGCAGUUCACGCGCCGCUGUCGAGGACUUGUUCACUUCCGAUUGAAUCUGAAGAAUGGAGGAAAAGGAAGGAGCUUCAAUCGUUGAGACGGCUUGAAGCGAAGAGGAAAAGAUUGGAGAAGCUGAAGAAUCCAAAGAGUGGUAGAGAUCUGGAAGGAGGUGUAGCUGUUAAUGGGUAUGGUGAGUUUUCUCUUCCAUUUGGAUUACCCAAAUCAAGUUCUGUAAUGAAAGGAGAAAAGGCGCCUCUUUUCCGACAAGGGUCAAUUGGAUCUCAGGGAAGUGGAUCUUCUGGAAUAUCCGAAUCUGAAUGUCUUCCUCUUCCUCCUCGAGUAGCAAAGAGGAAAGUUGAAGAAUUUGGGCAAGUGAAGAAGGAGGAGGAGGAUAAAAAUGGAGGUGGAUUGAGAGAGGGAAGCAGUGAAGCUAAAGAAAUGUUGAAGAAGGCGCUACUGGACAUGCCUUAUGUAUCCACAACUGGUGAAGGAACAGAUGGGAGGAAAAUUGGAGGAUUUCUUUAUAGAUAUAGUAAAGGGGAGGAAGCAAAAAUUGUCUGUGUUUGUCAUGGUUCCUUCCUAUCUCCGGCGGAGUUCGUCAAGCACGCCGGCGGCGGCGAUGUAUCUCACCCUCUCAAGCACAUCCUAGUUAGCCCUUCUCCCCUUGUUUGAAGAGAGAUUGAAGAAAGCUUCUAAAGAUACAAUGUUGUUGAUGAUGACUUCUUUCCAUUUUCUUCUUCUUUAAUCAUUUGGAACUAAACUAUUAUCUAUGCUUAAAAUUUAUUGUUUUUGAAUGUC